AUGGAUGAGCGCAAGAGAUCCAUCCAGCCCGACUCGGACGACAUCUAUCCCAGCAAGCGCCACCAGACCAGCCAGAAUGCCCCUCAGAUGAGAAUGGACUCUGAAAAGGAAAAGGAUGUCGAGUCGUUCCAAAAGGAUGCCAUUCUCCGUCAGAUGAAAGAGUACAAGCGUGAAAAGGCCCUAUACGAGUCUCAAGUCCAAGACCUCUCCAAGCGCUCCCAACACCACGACGACCACCUGCGCAUCGUCGAUGCCUGGUUCACUCAGUUACUCGACGAGAUUAGAAUUCUGGUUGGCGACCUCGUCUCGGACCAAGAACCCGAGGCUGGUGAACUCUUCAACUCCUCUUUGCUUUUUGAAGACAACUCCCUCUUUGACACCCACCUCAAGAACCGCUCAUCCAAAAUCAAGGCUGCCAUCAAGGAUGUUUUCGGCAGACUGCCUGCCGCUGAGCCGGAAGUCAGAAGUCUGCAAGAGAGACUGGCUGCUCUGCUGGCAGCUGAAAAGGCUCAUCUGAUUGAACGUCAAAGAAUCAGUGGUGAGUGCGAUCAGCUAUCUGAACGCUUGGAACAGGCGUCCUACCGUUAUCUUCUCGCCGAAAAGAAACUCGAUCGCGCAAAGAGCGCUCAAGUACAGAAACUCGAGCGUCAAGCAACAAUGGGCGGACACUCAGAGUCAAGCUCUUCUUCGGAAAAGAAGUCUGUCAAGAGCGAGGCCGCUGAAACAAAUGGCGAAGUUGACGGUGCUGUUCAUGCCGCGGCAGAGACCGCUCGCAGAGAGGCUCUGGCUGCUUCGGAGAAACGCAAACUCCAAAUGGAACAGCUUGAGGCAGAGAACAAGCGCCUUACCGAAGAAUUGACUUCCGCAAAAGUUCGACUAACUUCUCUGUCCGACGACGACUAUGCCAAAACUGAUCUCUACAAACUGCUGAAGUCUCAACACGAGGAGAUCAUCAAGCGCGUCAAUGAUCUGGAAGCUACUAAUUUGCAGCUGCGCGAGGAGGCUCAACGACUCCAAGCCGAAAGAACUUCAUACCGCAACAACAUGGAAGAGGAGUCGCAGACAAACACGACUGAUCUCGAAACCCAGCUAGCACGUGCCGAGUCCGACCUGGCUCGUAUUCGGAAUGCAAGAGACGAGCUAUCGGCCGAACUUUCUGUGCGCAAGGGCUCGCAAGACCAGAGUCAAUUGGCCUCAGACUCCGUAAAAGAACUCGCAGCCGCUCGUGAGACUCGUAUUGCUGCUCUGGAAUCAGAAGUGGAGCGUCUCAAGUUACAAAUCGGAGAAAGCACCGCAUCCUCAUCUAACGAGGCCAUCGAAAAUAUGACGAUCGAUGAAUUGAAAUCACAGCUGAAGACGCUCGAAAAUAGACACCUGUUGCUAAACAACGAACUGCCCUCUAUGGAAGCGGCAUGGAAGAAGGCUAAGGGUCUGGCAGAGAGAAAGGUGUCCGAGAUCCUGGAGUGGGAAGAACAGCGCACGCGGAUCCAUGCUGAAAAGGCAAAGGCUGACCAGAAGUACUUCGCUGCAAUGAAGGCAAAGGAGGCGCGCGAGAAUGAACUGCGAACCCUCAAAGCGCAGAAUGCAAAGAGUUCCGAGAUUGUGACGCAGCUCAAGGACGCCGAGAACAACAGCAGAUCUUUGAUUAUCAAUCUGGAGAAGCAAAUUUCCGAGUCGAAAGAAUCAUUGACCUCGCUUUCACAACAAAAUCGAACGAUGCAGCAAAAACUCAGCGAAGGAAACCUAACUCUGGAGAAACUUCGCACACAAAUUACCGACAUGAAGAAAAUAGUUGUUUCCAAGGAUACCGCAUCUUCAGCAGCUGCGGCCGCAAAACGACAGGCCGAGGUUGAGCUUGAAGAAGUCAAGGUCCGCUUGGAAGACACCAAGAAAUCUCUUGAUAGCAUGAAGAGAAAGGGCUCUGGACGGGAAUCUGAAUCGGACGACUGGCGUAAAAUUGCCAUUUGCCCCGUUUGCAACUCAAACCUACGCAACACCGUCCUCAAGCUCUGCAGUCACACUUUUUGCCAGGGAUGCGUGCAGAAUCUCAUCGCCAACCGAUCCAGGAAAUGUCCUUCGUGCGGUAAAGCAUUCGGACAUGCAGAUCACAUGCCUAUAGUAUUGGCAUGA